GGGGGCAGGAGAGGGCGGACAAGAAAUUUAUUGCGGGUGGUGGAGUUGACGCACCUCUGCUGCUUCACAACUAUUGGUCUGCGUCGAGAACCGCAACCGCAUCCUCCGUAUCCUGUGCAAAAGUAUCGUACUCGUAUUGCAAUCAUGCAUUACAAAUCUUUCCCUUAAGGGAAAUCAGCAUUACAAAUUUCAUCCCUCAUGCUGAGAAAAUUUGUAAUGCAUUUAUACGAGUGCGAUACUUUUGGUUUUGCAGUUCAUACUCCGGAUCACCACCUCAAAUUCCGAAGCCCGUGUCCUCCUCCGCGAAUCAGCUCACGCCCACUGACCUGUGCAGCCUAUUGCGGAUCCUGACGCGCUACCGUGUGACCUCCGCGGGAAACGGGAGUACGUUGUUGGGGGCGCUCGCGGAGGAGUGUGUGGUCUACUUGUCGGAAUUCACGCUGAUGGAAAAGGUUUCUGUAGUCAAAUCAUUUUUGCGGCUAUGCGGUCGCGGAAAUAGUUCUAGUUCAAGUGGAAGGAGAGCCGUGCUGUCCAAGAGUAGAGAGGCUAAAAAUCAUUCGAGUUGGAGUUCUUGUUGUUCUCCCACCGGGAGGACAUCCAAAUCGCCGUUACCGAAGAAAGCAGGCAGCUUGUUUCACGCGCUGCUACAGCCACGAACGAGGCAUGCGUUUGUGUACAACACAAGCGAAAUGACUAACCAGCGUGGUUGUCGUGACGGCACGAGUGGUAAGAACGAGACUUGCCGUGUCAACCAUGAUCAUGAUCAUGCCAAAAAGCACCUUGACACGACGAUACAAAUCACCACGCCACCCACGGCACAACAUCAAAACUGCGAGCAGGACGUCACGCAGCUUGUUGCGCUGAUCUACCUGAUGCUUAGCUACCAGGAAUUCGUCCCCAAGUAUGCGGAGGAAGCACUGAGUUGGGGAAAGCUUGAGCUGGAGAAGCAAGUGGCCGUGAUGCUCGAAAAGGAACGACAGCUGCAGCGGGAGAAGAUGCACGAAGCGCGUGUCCUCAACCACCGCGCCGGAAGUUGUAGUGGCGAAGCAAGAGACGAUUCUUUGAAAAACUUCGAUUUUCCCGAUCAUGAUCCGAUUGCGCUUUUCUCGGCAGCAGCCGCCGUCGGUGAAGGUGCGGAAUUUUCCGACCUGGGACGUUCUGUAGUAGAAGAACAAGAACUACCCAACGGAAAUUUUCAUAGUGGAGCCAAAUGCGCGGAGGUCGAGGUGCCAUCUUGUGGACGGCGCAACAUGGGGAGUAGUUUGCAAGAAGAGCACAGCCGCACCUCCCGUCCGGGUAGAAGAGGUUUACAGCAAGAGAACAAGAGCGCAAAGCAGAAAGCCCUUGUAGUUCCCUUCGAUACGGAGGCGCUGCGUGGGCUGGAAAAAAUAUCCGCGGAUGUAGAGUGCGAGCCGCCCAUGGACUUUGCGUUGCGGAACCAGAACCCAACCAGCUGCACAGGGGCUCUUGCAGAGGACGUGGACACUGUCCCCGACCCGCAAGCGAAGGUGCAGCGAUUCGCAGAUAGGGUGUCCUACCACGCGCGGAGCGGCUUGAUCACCACAGUGCCAUUGGAAAAAGACGGCAAAGGUGGCGCUCAAGAUGAACCAGCGAUGUUGCCAGGCAGUUCGAAGACUACUACUCCUGCUUUGUCCCGCGUGAACAAGCUCAACCUCCGCAAGAAGCGGAAUUCGGGUAGUAGUUUCUUCAUCAACCAGAGGACCCCCACCACCUCCCAUCCCGCCGCGCGCCGCUUGCGAUUUCGGCGUUUACGACUGAAGCAGAAGCUGCGCAUUGCAAAUAUGGCUGGCUCUGGAAGAGUGUAAGUUGUCAUGCUACAUCUGGAUCGUGGAAAAAUUUGUGUUGCGUGGUUACCAAAAGAGGCCCACUUUUGAACAAAUUGAGAGGCAGUGUCUCAUGCAGGAAAGGCAUGAUAGAGAUCUCACAGAACCUGUCAUGCUAGGCCGUGCAUGCCAGACCGCGUGGGUCAUGGAGAACCUGCAUGACAAACCUAGUAAUCUUCCAGCCCCAGACAUUUUUGCAUUUGAUAGAAGCGGAGGGAAACGGAAAAGCAGAUCGGGUUCGAAGAAAAAAGGAGACUGCAGCGGGAAAAACAUUAUCCUGUGCAAAAGUAUCGUACUCGUAGUGAUUAGAAUUAUGCACUACAAAUCUCCAUCCCGAGGUAGAACAGCAUCACAAAUUUCAUUUGCCAUGCUAAGGUAUAUUUGUAUAUGCAAUUACUACUAGUUCUAGUACGAUGCUUUUGCAAGUCAUAAACAUCGCUGGCAGCAGCAACUCGAAGCUCGGCAAACGAACGAGCUAGAUUACCGCGACCGCCCCAUCGUGGCGACCAGGAAUUUGUCCUGGCAGGCCGUCCCGACGGCGCGGUGGCGGGUGAGACGGCGCGCGGUGCUGGCAGAAUACGCGUCGAGCGUGCGAAAAAGCGCGGUCAACAGGGUGGCCUCGAUGGGACAAGAAGGUCUACGGGCGAUGAGGCGCGAAAGUAAGGUUGGAAAAAAUAACCUCGUUCUGCGUGGGACCUUUGCAGUUCGGAGGAACUACCUCCGAAGGUACAACAGGUCCCUCGUCUCUCGUGAAGAAUCAUGCGGCAUUGGCCGAGCACUGGACGCAACGUCCGGCGGUUUGUCGAAAGAUGAUGAGCUGAUCAUGUUUUCGCCUCAUUCUGUCCAUCUUGCUGCCGCCUUGCGAGACUUCAUUCGAGUAUUCAGAACGAAGUACUCGGAUUUCUGUGCGUUAUUGGAAGAAAAGUUUUUGCUAAUCCUGCACUAAUUACUUGGGCAUUCGCGUUUUGUUGUUGUGCAUUGAUUAGCAUCACAGGUUGUACUUAGUAGAUGAAGCAUGAACAUAAUCGGCCUCGUCAAGAACCAGUUAUCGCUGGGACGUGUUGCUCUUUUCGGGUUCUAUUUUUCUCCGGAAUGUUGAUUUAUUAGUGAAGCU